GGGGGGGGGGGGGGCGGGGGGCAAGGACCAGGACAAGCCCCUCAAGGCGCAAGGGACUCCUCCGCGUCUCUCAGUCUCUCCCGCUUUCUGUCGGUCUUCUCCUUGUCCCUCCAGAAACAGCUCGCCCAACAGGUCCCCAACACCAACCAGUACGCACCCAGAAGGCGGCCGGCCAUACACAGCGAACCCUUCGCUCACCACAGCUCACCACAUAGGUAUGGUUUGGAGUCGUCAAUCACGAACGCAGCUCAGUGUGGAAGGACAGUUACGCUGACGUUUGACAUUCCUUACGCGCGCGUCGUUGCGGGGACACUUUCACUCACAAACUGCUGAUGUUCCCACGGCUUUCCACCAAUAGACCUCUGCGGAGGCAAUCCUCUCGACACUCAAACGGGCCAUAGCAUACCCCGCCUAGUCGGCUUCUCCCAGAACCAUCAGACUCCCCGCAUGUCAUUUCCAACCGUCCAAACCCCUACCGCCUUCCCAACGUUCCCCGGAACAGCAGUCCCCUCUCCACCACCUCCCUUCACUGCCACGCCCCCCUGGCCGGAUCCCGACGUCGAUGAAGCCGACAAUCCGAUGCUUGCUUGCCCUGUAUACCCCCUCGCAUUACACAAUUCCUACUUGUACGAGCGGCCGGGGUAUGCGUAUGCAAUGCCGGCAGUGAGGAAUUUGAAGAGGAAGGCUGGGGAGGGGGAAGGUGUGGAGAUGGAUAGUGGGAAUGGGUGGAAAGGGAAUGGGGUUGUAGGCAGAGAGGCGGAUUUUGGGCAGCAUCAACAUUUUAAGCGUGUGAGGGUAGAGGCGAUGGAAGGGCAGCCUGUGGUCGAGGAGAGGCUGCUAAGUCGCUCCGCCGAAGAUACAUUCGCAACCCACCCGCCGGCGGAUUUCCCACAACCGGAUAUCGCACAACAUCGCAUUCAACAACACCACAUCCCACCACAUCACGCCCCACAACAGAAUCACAUCCCAUAUCAAAACCCACUCAGCUCCAUACGCAUCUCCACCCGCUCCCCCCACCAACCCAACCCGCACUCACAAUCAACCCCAGAUGACAUAGAUCCCCACUUACAACACCCCAACCCAUACGCUGACAUGAACGCAUAUUUGUACAAUCUGCACGAGACCCGUCGGCGGGCUGAUCUGGAGGCUGGGCCAUCGUUUGGGGCUACGCAUACACACCAUCAACAGCAGUAUUCACCGCCGACUGAGAUAGGAGGGACGGGUGACACCUAUGAGGGGAUAAAUGAGAUGCUGAGGGCUUUGCAUUUUGCGAGGAGAGGGGUGGAGGGAUGACCGAUGGGAGUUGUAUAGUCGGUUGGUCAUGAAGGGCAACCAAUCCGUAUUGACGUGCUCAGCAUAUUGAAUUGUGGUAUCUGAAUCACGAAUACCAUUUGCUUAUCAUAGAUUCAUCUACGAGUACAAACACUACCCAUAAAC